UCUCUCCUCUCCUCUUCAUCUUUUCCACGAAGAACCUUCUAAAACCCUUUCCCCGUCCCCGCCGCGCUCCGGAGCGAUGAAGACGAGAUCAUCGGCGGCGGCGCCGGCGCCGGCGAGGUCGGUGCCGGCGCCGGCGAGGAGGGCGACUACGAAGCCUAGGGCGAAGAAGAAGCCCCUCAAGGACGAUCGCAACAAGCCCAAGAAACCCCCCACCGCAUUCUUCUACUUCUUAGAAGAUUUUAGGAAAACCUACCAACAAGAGAACCCAGAUGUCAAAUCAAUGCGUGAUAUUGGAAAAGCAUGUGGAGAAAAAUGGAAAACAAUGUCAUUUGAGGAAAAGGUUGCAUACUAUGAUAUAGCUACAGAAAAGCGAGCCGAGUUCGAGAGGGCAAUGGCAGAAUAUAUUAAGAGAAAGGAAAGUGGGGACUUUUCUGAGGAAUCCGACUAUGAAUGAAUAUCAGAUCAAAUUGUUUGAUGAAAAAUCAAGGAUUGUGUGCAGAAGCCAAUCUUGUACAUUGUACUUGCGAGGGCUUGUCAUUUGGUAUCAAAACUUAGUUCAGCUUCUUUUCUUCUUGGCU